GGGCCGGGCGGCGCCCGCCCACAGCCUCAUCCCCUGCACCUGCUCGCGCGGCGCCCGCCACAGCUGGUCCCGCCUCAAGGUGGACAUCGCCGACGUCAAGCAGCGCUGCUUCGAGGACAUCAACGAGUGCAUCCACGCCUCGGCCGGCAAGCGCAAGCGGGUUCUGGUCCACUGCGGCGACGGCUUCUCCCUGGCGCCCACCUGCGUCAUCCAGUACCUGAUGCUCAAGCGCAACAUGCGGCUCGUGGCCGCCUACGAGCUUCUCCGCGCCAGGUAUCCCGUCAACAUCCGCGAGUGUCACCGCAACCUGCUGGUCAGCCUGGAGAGGACGCUCAGGCCCGGGGACGCCGACCCGGAGAGCUUCAAGCAGGCCAUCUCCAGGAAAGUGGCCUGGACCUGACUCCGCCCUCCCGUCAGACCGCCGCAAACUUUGCCCGGUCUCCCCGGACCAAGUCCCAACUUCUCGGCGACGUGACGAGAGCCGGUUCGGGUUCCGGUGAGGUGCGUUUCCUAACCGUGCGGUUCCUCGCGGAUCUCCGGUUGAUGUUUGUCAAGAACUCUUUGAUUUGACUCUGUUGAAUGGGGUUCGAGUGCCACGUGGUCCAGCGGACUCCCUCCAGUUGACCUUUUGUAACAAACAGCUCGAGAUGAGUGAAACCUGCCUCUGGUUCCGGAGAUUUGGUGUCGCAUGGUUGGGCCCACAGUUCAGGUUUUAGUGGACGUUAUUUUGGGAGGGGCGGAGCUUAAACUGCCGGGCUCGCAAAUGCUGCCACUCGAUUGGAUGGUGAAGAAAAUCUGCGUCCAUAAAGGGAAAGAGGCCAGAACCUUGAAGACAGUCAAUCCAUCCAACAUGUCAGAGAAGAAAAUGUCUUUGAGUCGUAAACAUCACCUCAAGAGUGUGAUGCUGGCCAUCGCCAAAGGUCACCUUGAGCAGGAGGCCCGCGAGCGCGAGGAGGAGCGGGUGCGUUACAUGGCUCGUUGCUGCCCCCCGCUGGUGAUUCCCAACACCAUGCAAGAGCUACAGGAGCUGUGCAGGGAGAUCCACCACCAGAUCGACGAGAUGGACGAGGAGCGCUAUGACCUUGAGAUGAAGGUCAAUAAGGCCAACAAGGAGAUCGAAGACCUGAAGAUCAAAGUGCAGGACGUGACGGGCAAGUUCAAGAAGCCGACGCUGAAGAAGGUGCGCAUGUCGGCCGACGCCAUGCUGAAGGCGCUGCUGGGCUCCAAGCACACCGUCAACAUGGAGCUCAGGGCCAACCUCAAGCAGGUCAAGAAGGAGGUCAAGGACGAGGACAAGGAGUUGCGCGACGUUGUGGACUGGCGCAAGAACAUCGAGGACAAGUCGGGCAUGGUCGGCAGGAAGAAAAUGUUCGAGGGCGACGCCUAGCGUCCGACGGGGCGGCUCGGCCGAGCGCCUGGCGGGGCUACUUGCAAAAUAAGUUUGGCUUUUGAUUCAGGCAAUUAAAAAAAA